AUGCAUUUGAUCACCUUAUUGCUGGCACCGUUGGCCGCAGCCGCGGCUCGAGUGCCGUACAAAAACUACAUUUUGGCACCUGCUUCGCGUGAUCUGGUCCCCGCAUCAGUCUAUCAGGUCAAUGGUUCGGUCACAAAUGCAAAGGCGCUGACACGGUCCUCGGGUGGAAAUGUCACUUUUCACGGAGUGUCGUCCGUCACCUACGAUUUCGGGAAGAAUGUGGAAGGUCUCGUCUCUCUUGAAGUUGGCUCGGCCUCCUCCUCGUCGGCCUUUUUGGGCGUGACUUUCACAGAAUCAAGUCUGUGGAUCAGUAGUGUGGCGUGCGAUGCCACUGCUGAUGCCGGUCGCGAUGCUCCGCUGUGGUUCCCUGUGGGCCAGGGUGCUGGAAAGUAUACGCCCGAAGCGAAGUAUCUCCGAGGCGCUUUUCGCUAUCUUACAGUCGUGAGUAACACCAGCGCGACCGUCCCCCUUCAUUCUCUGCACGUCAACUUUACUGCCGCGCCUAUGCAAAAUCUCCGAGACUACGGUGGAUGGUUCCACUCGGACGAUGAAUUGAUCAAUAAGAUCUGGUAUGCCGGGGCCUACACGAAUCAGCUAUGCACCAUCGACCCGGCACAUGGUGAUGCUCUGAUCCAUUUGGGGACCAUUUCAUCUACCGACAACAUCAGCUUGCCUCGUACUGAUACUUGGUGGAGCAACUAUACCAUUACCAACGGGAGUAGCACCAUCACAGACGGCGCCAAACGAGACCGACUUGUAUGGCCGGGCGACAUGUCGAUCGCUCUUGAGAGUAUCGCAGUAAGCACUGGAGAUCUUUACAGUAUUCAGAUGGCGCUGGACUCUUUGCUGGUACUGCAGAAGCCCGAUGGCCAGCUUCCCUAUGCCGGAAAGCCCUUCUACGAUACCGUAAGCUAUACAUAUCACCUCCACAGUCUGAUCGGGAUGUCAUAUCUGUAUCGUUUCUCCGGUGAUCAAUCUUGGAUGUUGAGCCACUGGAAUCAAUAUGUGCGAGGCCUUCAGUGGGCUCUGUCGAGUGUCGACAGCACCGGACUGGCCAAUAUUACCGCCAGCUCGGACUGGCUGCGCUUUGGCAUGGGAGGUCAUAACAUCGAAGCGAAUUCAAUUCUCUACUUCGUGCUCCAGGAGGCCCAGCAGUUGGCCCAGACCCUCAACCACACGUCAUCCGUGGCGCAGUGGAGCCGCAUCGCGCAGGGUAUCAAAUCUGCCGCCAACGAGCUGCUUUGGGAUGAUAAAGCCGAACUUUACCGUGACAAUCAGACAACCACGCUACAUCCACAGGAUGGGAACGCGUGGGCCGUGAAGGCCAACCUGACUCUAUCCGAUGAUCAGAGUCUCGCUAUCUCCAAGGCUCUGCGUUCCCGCUGGGGAACCUAUGGAGCCCCAGCUCCCGAGGCCGGAGCAACAGUAUCGCCAUUCAUCGGCGGGUUUGAAUUGCAGGCACACUACAUGGCUGAUCAACCUGCGGCGGCUCUUGAUCUGAUGCGACUUCAGUGGGGCUUUAUGCUGCAGGACCCUCGAAUGACUCAGUCCACAUUCAUCGAAGGCUAUUCGACAGACGGAUCCCUUCAUUAUGCACCAUACACGAACGAUCCGCGCGUUUCCCAUGCCCACGGCUGGUCCACAGGCCCAACUUCUGCUCUUACCACCUACGCAGCCGGGAUCCAGCUCAGCGAAGCCGCAGGGGCCACAUGGCUGAUUGCUCCUCAGCCCGGAAACUUGACUGUGGUAGAAGCUGGGCUGACCACUUCCAAGGGAGUCUUUUCGGUCUCGUUCGAGCACAGUGGUGGCUAUAGUCAUUUCGCGUUCCAAACCCCCAAAUCCACGACCGGAAUGGUACUUUUGCCGGGGGCUACGGGCACGCUAGUGUCCAAGACCGGGCAGCGCAAAGCUCUCGUAAACGGGGCUGCACGUGGCUUGGUUGGGGGUAGUUGGGAGCUCCAUUGA